AUGGACACAAAGCCACAGCAAGAAAUGGCAGAAGAAGAAGAGUUUAUGCAACAGCUUAGAUCCAAAGCAACAGAGCUUUUCAUCAGAGAAGAAUGGAAGGACUCCAUUGAUGCAUAUUCUCAAUUCAUCACCCUCUGCACCCACCAAAUCUCUCGUACCCAUAUACACACUGACCCAAAUCACCUCCAAAAGCUUCGCAGAUCAUUCUGCAUAGCUCUCUGCAACCGUGCUGAAGCAAGGUCAAGGUUGAGGCUUUUCCACUGCGCCUUGCAAGAUUGUGAUCAUGCUUUGGAAGUGGAUGCCACCCAUUUCAAGACCCUUGUGUGCAAAGGUAAGGUCUUGCUUAGCCUCAAUAGGUACUCCAUGGCUAUGGAGUGCUUCAGAAUCGCAAUGCUUGACCCUCAAGCUGGUGGAAACUCGGAAUGCCUUGAUGGGUACUUGGAGAAAUGCAAAAAGUUUGAUUUUUUGUCAAGGACAGGGUCUUUGGAUCUCUCAGACUGGGUUGCAAAUGGGUUCCGAGGAAAGGCACCGGAACUUGCUGAGUACAUUGGUGCAGUGCAGAUAAGAAAAUCUGAGAUCAGUGGGCGUGGACUGUUUGCAACUAAGAACAUUGAUGCAGGGUCAUUGAUCUUGGUCACCAAGGCAAUAGCCAUGGAGAGGAGUAUAUUGGCAGGGAAAGAUUUGACUGAGGAUGCCCAGUUAGUGAUGUGGAAGAAUUUCAUUGAUAAAGUUGUGGACUUUGCUAGAAAAUGUCAUAAAACAAGGGAUUUGGUUGGUAAAUUGUCAAGUGGGGAAAAUGAGGAUGGACUUGAGGUGCCUGAUAUAGAUCUCUUUAGGCCUGAGAAUAUGGAGAACAUGGAGUUAAGCGAGGAGAUUGAUAUGAAUAAGUUACUGGCCAUAUUGGAUGUUAAUUCUCUUACUGAGGAUGCAGUUUCAGCCAAUGUGUUGAGGAAGAAUAAUGAUUGUUAUGGUGUUGGGUUGUGGUUGCUCCCUUCCUUCAUCAACCAUUCUUGUUGUCCCAAUGCAAGGCGCUUGCAUGUAGGGGACUACUUGAUAGUUCAUGCUUCUAAAGAUUUGAAGGCUGGUGAAGAGAUCACAUUUGCAUAUUUUGACCCUUUGUUUGUGUUGAACAAGAGAAAGGAGGAUUCAUUGACAUGGGGGAUUCAUUGCAAGUGUAAGAGAUGCAAGUUUGAGGGGGAAAUCUUCUCCAAACAAGAGAUAAAAGAGAUUGAGAUUGGUCUUGAAAGAGGUAUGGAUGUGGGUGGUGUGGUGUAUAAAUUAGAGGAGCAGAUGAAGAGAUGGAAGGUGAGGGGGAAAGAGAAAGCCUAUUUGAGGGCAUCAUUUUGGUCUGCAUAUUCAGAGGCUUAUAAGUCAGAUAGGUCAAUGAAGAGGUGGGGAAGGAGGAUUCCUGCAUUGGAUGCUGUGGUUGAUAGCAUCAUAGAUGUAGUGGGAGGUGAUCACAGGUUACUUAAGAUCUUGAUGGAGGAGUUGAAGAAAAAUGGUGGUGGCCUUGUGAAGAUGGAGAAAGCUUUCAAGUUGGCAAGAGAGGUGUAUGGCAAGGUGGUGAAAAAGCAAGCAAUGAGGACACUUCUUGAGCUAUGCAUUGGUGAUUGA